AUGGUGGACAAUGUCGAUAUCUCGCAGGUGAGCCUUGGUCGGUUGCGUAGUCAACUUGCAAUCAUCCCGCAGCAUCCUGUACUUUUCCGCGGAACUGUGCGGUCGAAUCUUGAUCCUUUUGGCGAUUACGAUGACGCCGUGCUUGCGGGCGCGCUACAAGCCGUGGGAUGGCACCAGAAUGAGGACAGCGCCUCAGAGCCCACUUCUUCCACACUCCGAGCAUCCUCAACUGAGUCAGCCCGCGAAUCUCUAAUCAAAGGAGACACCGAUAUGGAACACGACUGCCUCCUCACGGAGGAAACCACAGAAAGAGGUCUGGACCAGCCGGUUGCCGACUGUGGAGAGAAUCUCUCUCAUGGACAACAGCAGCUCCUUUGUCUCGCUCGAGCCAUCAUCCGACGACCGAAGAUCCUUGUCAUGGAUGAAGCGACAUCAUCCGUUGAUAACCCAACUGACGAUUUGAUCCAGCGAAGCUUACGCUCGGCCCUUGGUCAAUCUCAGCCCACCUUCCUCGUCAUUGCCCACCGGUUGAAGACCAUUGCCGAUUCCGAUCUGGUGCUUGUCAUGGAUGACGGGAUGAUUGUAGAGUCCGGCAGUCCAAAGGAGCUACUCCACUGUGAUCAGUCAUGUUUCCGGAGCAUGGUCUACCAGGAUCCGGAGGGGGAGAUGUUAGAAAAUAUUAUCUUGAAUGGGGUCGAAUGA